UCUCCCACCACGUCUGCGGAGUGGUCGACGGCUCCCUCCCCCAGGGGCGGGAGUGAGGAGCUGGGGGACGGACUCGACAAACCCCUGGAAAAUGAUGCGGAGGGCGUAUGGAGCCCCGACAUCGAGCAGAGCUUCCAGGAGGCGCUGGCCAUCUACCCUCCCUGUGGCCGCCGGAAGAUCAUCCUCUCUGAUGAGGGCAAGAUGUACGGACGGAAUGAGCUGAUUGCACGCUAUAUCAAACUUCGUACGGGGAAGACGAGGACCAGGAAGCAGGUGUCCAGUCACAUCCAAGUCCUGGCCCGACGGAAGGCCAGAGAGAUCCAGGUGAAGCUGAAGGACCAGGCCGCCAAAGACAAGGCCCUGCAGAGUAUGGCCACUAUGUCCUCAGCCCAGAUCCUCUCACCCACGGCCUUCCAGAACAAGAUGGCUCUCCAGGGCCUGGCAAGGCCACCGUAUCCGACUACCGGUGGGUUUUGGCACGGGGCACUUCCAGGGCAGCCGGGGGGCCAUGAAGACAUUAAGCCCUUCUCCCAGCAGAGUUACGCCAUGCAAGCGUCCGGCCCGGCCCCCAUAACAGGUUAUGAAAGCACAGCCGGGCUCUCCAUGUCUCCCAGUGCCCCUCCUUGGCAGGGUAGAUGUAUUGCCAGCUCUAAGCUGCGGAUGCUGGAGUUCUCUGCCUUCCUGGAACAACCUCAGGACCCAGAGACUUUCAACAAGCACCUGUUUGUGCACAUCGGCCAGUCCAACCCGAGCUACAGCGACUCUUAUCUGGAGUCAGUGGACAUCAGGCAGAUCUUCGACAAGUUUCCCGAGAAGAAAGGAGGCCUGAAGGACCUGUUUGACAAAGGGCCACACAACGCUUUCUUUCUCGUCAAGUUCUGGGCGGAUCUUAGUAUAAACCUGCAGGAUGACAGCAGCUUCUUCUAUGGCGUGUCCAGCCAGUACGAGAGCUCUGAGAACAUGGUUAUCACCUCAUCCACCAAAGUCUGCUCCUUUGGCAAGCAGGUGGUAGAGAAAGUGGAGACGGAGUACGCACGCUUUGAGAAUGGACGCUACGUGUUUCGGAUCCACCGUUCCCCGUUGUGUGAAUACAUGAUCAACUUCAUUCACAAGCUUAAACACCUGCCAGAGAAGUACAUGAUGAACAGUGUACUGGAGAACUUCACUAUCCUACAGGUGGUGACCAACAGAGACACACUGGAGACCCUGCUGUGCGUAGCCUACGUCUUUGAGGUGUCCACAAGUGAGCACGGCGCACAGCAUCACAUUUACAGGCUAGUGAAAGACUGACACAGUCGCACACAGUCGGACCUUACCUGCGACAGACCCACUGUAGCACCUCAGUGAGCAACAACACUAAACAAUGGACUAUACUUCCUCCGUGAGCUCACAGAGCUGAAACCUUACGACUCGGUCAGGAGCCCAGAGAGACGCCGGCCCACUGUCGACGUGCCCAGCAACACGACCUCUGCUGAGGAAGACGUGGGAUUGGAAACUACGGAAGCUGAAGUGGGCUUUGUGGGAGAAAAUAAACAGAAGAGGACCAUGAUACACUGUGGUCUCUGUGCCAAAGGAGCCAAACCUACAGCCAACAAGACCUGCAUGAGAGAGUUGUCUUAGGUGGUGUUUUUCAUCUCAUCUUAUUAGUGCUUGUUUUUUUGAUUUUAGAUUAUUUUACACAGUGCUUGUGCAGAAAGGGGUUUGCUCCAGAUGAGUCCGGCUGCCUCAGGAUGCCACCUAGUGACUUAAAUAUGAAUAACAAUGGGGAAUAGUUAUAUGGAAUUAAACCGAGAAUCCCUCCUUUGCACAUCCAUACAAAUGUCACUGUUGUUUUGGUGCCAAUCUUUUGUGUUAUUUGAGGGUUUGAGUAAUUAUGUACAGUGCCACAUCCAUCUCCUCUACACAGAGUUAUGAAAAGAAGAGGCUAAAAAAAGAUUUAAAAGAGCUAUUGUAUUCACUUUGUUUGAUGUUAAAUGUUCUAUGUUUCUUAUAUUGUCUUACUGUUUUUGAUUGAGAGCUAUCUGACAACAAAAAAAGGCACAUAAUAACACUGCUAACUUGAACCAGACCCUGGAUCUGUAAACUGAUUACAGAAGUUGUCUGUGACUGUAACUUGCCGUGAAGUGUCAGAUAUAAAA